AUGGCGUCCAACAACGAGCUCUUCACGAUCCCUAUCCCGGCGCUGCAGUCGCACGUAGGCGGCAGCAUCGUCUGCACCUCGCCCGCGCCGCAAGUCUACGUGCUAACCUGGUCCUCGCCGCCCGACAACCGCGUGACGCCCGCCUUCUGCACGGCGCUCAUGACGGCCCUCGACGCGAUCGAGUUCGCUUACCCGCCCGGCGUCGUCGUCACCACCUCGGCCAUCGCCAAGUUUUACUCCAACGGGCUGGACCUGUCGCUCGCGGUCGCCACGCCGGGCUUCUGGGAGGAAUGUCUCUACCCGCUCUGGCGGCGCUUUCUGACGUACCCGAUGCCGACGGUGGCGCUGCUCAACGGGCACGCGUUUGCGGGUGGGCUGAUGCUGGCUAUGCACCAUGAUUACCGCGUCUUUACUGGCGUGAGGGGCUAUGUGUGCGUCAAUGAGCUGGAGUUUGGCGCCCCGCUGCUGCCGGCCAUGAGCGCUAUCUUUCGUCUUAAGCUCUCGGCCCGCAGGUACCGCGACCUGGUGCUUGAGGCGCGGCGGUUCGACGCGGCGAACGCGCUGGAGGCGGGCAUUGUGGAUGCGGUGGGCGGGUUGGACGAGGCGCUGAAGUUGGUUGCGGACCGGGGGCUCAUUAAGAAGGGAAAGACGGGGGUGUAUGGGAUUAUGAAGGCCGAGAUGUACCGCGAGCAGGUGGCGUUGCUAGACGCGAGAGGGAAGGAUGCGGCGGACCCGGAUGCGAUACGGGACGCGGAGAAGAGGAGGAAGGGGCGGGGGGCUAAGUGGGUUAGGGAGUGGAAGAAGUCGCAGGGUGGGAAGGCUAAGUUGUAG